UUCGCCGCGGCCGCCAUGGCGCCGGCGUCGCGGUCCCGCAGCCCUCCCGCCGCCAGCCCCGAGCGCCGCGGCCGUCGGUCGCGCUCCCGCUCCCGCGAGCGCAACGGGCUGAAGCGGCCGAACCAUCGGCGGAGCCGCAGCUGGUCCCGCUCUCGCGAGCGCACCCCCGGCGGGCCGCGCGCUGCCGCGCACCACGGCCACUACCACGGCAAGGCCUGGCCCGAGUACUAUGAGAAGGAGAAGGAGGAGAUCCUGCGGCAGAGGAGACUCAAUGAAAGAGAGAGGAUCGGAGAACUGGGGGCACCUGAAGUCUGGGGGCUGUCACCAAAGGUUCCUGACCCUGAUUCUGAUGAGCAUACACCGGUAGAAGACGAAGAGGCAAAAUCUAAGAGUAGUUCUUCAGAUUCCAGUUCAGAAGAGGAAAAAAAGAAAAAGAAGAAGAAAAGGAAGAAGAAAAAGCGGAAGGGAUCCAAAAGAAAACGCAGAAAACAUUCUGAGGACAGCGACAGCGAAUCGGAGUCUGAGGACUCCAGUGAUGAAGAUAGAAAGAAAAGCAGGAAGAAGAAAAAGAAAAACAGAAAGAAGAAGUACAAGAAAAAGAAAAAUAAGAAGAGUAGGAAGGAAUCCAGUGAUUCGAGUAGUGAAGAUUCUGAUGAAGAAAUGUUUCAAGGGGAAGAUCUCUGGAUUGAGAGAUCAAAAAAUAUGGAAGCUGAUAGCUUGAUUGGACCAGAAGCUCCCAAAACUCAUGCAUCUCAGGAUGACAGGCCUUUGAACUAUGGACAUGCCCUCUUGCCUGGUGAAGGUGCAGCAAUGGCAGAAUACGUAAAAGCAGGAAAACGUAUACCCCGGAGAGGUGAAAUUGGCUUGACCAGUGAAGAGAUUGCAUCAUUUGAGAGCUCUGGUUAUGUCAUGAGUGGCAGCAGACAUCGCCGAAUGGAAGCUGUGCGUCUGCGUAAAGAGAACCAGAUAUACAGUGCAGAUGAGAAGAGAGCUCUGGCAUCCUUCAACCAGGAGGAGAGGAGAAAACGAGAGAAUAAGAUCCUGGCAAGCUUCCGAGAGAUGGUCUACAGAAAGACUAAAGGCAAAGAGGAAAAAUAAUUCUUCAUUUGGACUGGACACCACAGGUUCUACCAGGCAGCAGCUGACCUGUUCCAGUUGUGACUUGACAAAAAACCUUCCAGUGCUGCAGUGCUUUUCACCCAGCAGGGUCAAGCCUCAGGAGUGGAUUCCUUGGAUCAAGGAAAGAGCUGCUUUUGUCAGAUUUUCUUGGAUGGUUUGCUCUCCGUUCACAAGGAAUGCCUGUAAAAU